AAAAGCCCUUCUGGCUUCAUCAAAGCACUCCAGGUUUUGCUGAGACCCUGCCAGACAAACGUGCAAUGUGCAUGCACAGGCAGCCAUUGCGCAUUCACAUUACUCAGCAGCACCAGGAUGCGGAGCAUGCGCCGAGGAGGGGGGACGCUGCAGAACCUCGCCGAGUAGGCAGAGGAACAAGGCACCAUGACAUUCUCUCUGGGGCUCCUGUACCUUGUCUGUAUUGUAGGAACAGAUGGGAUAACGAAAAGUGAAUUUUCUGGAAGAACGUGUGUCCCGGAGAAUCAGUGCCAGGGGCCCGGGAGCUUCAGCACUUACAAUAGCCAGGCCAAAAAGGGCUUUUCUUGUUGUUACACAGACAACUGCACUCCACCCCAACCAGUGUUAUCACCAGACAGCACUACAUAUAAUGGCGUGACUUGUCCAACCUGCAUCGCUAACGGCACUGAUUGGUGCGACACUGGUACAACCAUGAAAUGCACUGGGGAUGAGACAAGGUGCAUUCUGCAGUAUACAAAUAUGUCAGGAACAUUGUCCAAUGAGGUCGUUCUCCGUGGUUGUGCCACUCCCAGUAUCUGCAAUAUCGGGAACCAAUCUGUGAUCACCGAUGGAAUAAGUGUUACUGUUCGUGUUUCAUGCACUGGAGGAAGUUCUGGCCUUAAUCUUCAUUUUCAUAUUGUUGCGUUUAUGAUGAUAAUAUUCUUGUUUACCUACUGAAACAUUGAAACUAACAGUCCUCAUGUAUCACAAACAGCAACUCGUAUAGCAAAAUGAUGCUAAAAAAAUAGGGUGGUGUAUGUACUAAAGAUCAAUUCUGAACAA